GCUGACAGUCGCUCGUGAAAAGUACGCGGUCGUCCGACGGGGUUGCCAGGCCAGCGGGAAUUAAAAGCUGUAUUAGCUCCGAGGGGAAAGCAGAAGCGAGCGACGAACCGAACAUGGCCACCGAGGGCGGUCUAGCACCGGAUGCUGCUGCAGGCGCGGCACCAGGCGCGGCUUCCGGUGAGAUCGUCGGGGGACCAAGAACGCCUCAACAGACCGCGGCGCAGAAACGGCUGCAGGCGACGCAGGCGCAGGUUGACGAGGUCGUCGACAUCAUGAAAACAAACGUCGAGAAGGUCCUGGAGCGUGAUCAGAAGCUGUCCGAGCUGGACGAUCGAGCAGAUGCGCUUCAACAGGGAGCGUCACAAUUUGAACAACAGGCGGGAAAACUGAAGAGGAAGUUCUGGCUACAAAAUCUGAAGAUGAUGAUCAUUAUGGGCGUCAUCGCGCUAAUCGUGUUGGCCAUUAUCGUCGCGAAAUUCAUGCCAGAAUCGGCGCCACCGCCGCCGCCGCCGUACGCUUAUCCACCGCCUGGCAUACCUGGCCAGGUGCCCGGAGUUCCGCCCGCUGCCCCGGCCCCACCCGCUGGCGGAGCCUCUGGCUCGCAGACCGCCCCCGCAGCGUUUGUCGGUAAACUGACCGGUAUACACGGCGUGAUGUAAAACUUCGACCCACCCGUGAACGCAAUACGAAAUUUUCCAAGUAAAGAAUAAUGUUAAGUAACGAACAGAGAGAACGAACGAUAAAAGAUCGAAGAUAAUGGCCGCCGUAACAGAGAGAGAGGCAUCUGUCCCCAAUUAAUCGUGCAACUAAUAGGUAAUAUCUUCUCGAUCACACACACAUACACACACAAAUACACGAUUUAGAACGGGUAAUCGCGAGCUCUGAACCGCGAGUGGAAUAAACGUUCGAGGAUUUAGAGACAUUGGUUUGAUUGUUAAUAUGUUAACUGCGUCGUCGAUCCUCCGGCGAUCGAGUUAGUUUCAAUUGUAAAUCGUGAUUUCUGUCCUCUUGAUGCGUCUGGAAGCCUCAAGGGACGCGGGCUAGUUCCUUUGAGCAGUUAACGUGUUAAUGGGAUUUCGGGUGGUAUGUCGCGGACCUUUUCAUGGGAGAUGAUCGUCAAUGACUACUGGUUUUUGUAAAUUGGGUAGUAAAGAAUUGUGAGAAAAUGUUUUUAGUUAACCUCUUGAAGGAUACC